AUGACUAAGGGAGUCAGAGCGCAGCAUCUGGAGCGGUCGGUUGACUUCCUGGUGAAAGAAUUAAAAGUUUGUACGCCUAAAGAAGCUGACGAAAGGGUUUUCUUCAUAUCGGCCAAAGAAGUAUUGAAUGCACGUCUUCAAGAACAGAAAGGGCAACCACCACAUUCUGGGGCACUCGCUGAUGGUUUUCAGACGCGAUAUUUUGAAUUCCAAGAUUUUGAGAGAAAAUUCGAAGAAUGCAUUUCACAGUCUGCAGUCAAAACAAAGUUUGAGCAGCAUUCGCAGGGUGGCAAAAACAUUGCCAUUGAAAUGGAAAGUACUCUCGACUCAAUAUACAAACGUGCUGGUACAUUGCGUGAAGAAACAUUAGAGAAAAAACGAAAGGUAUCGGACAGUUUAAAUUAUACUGAAACUCAACUUAUGGCAGCAACUCGAGAAAUGAAAGAAAAAAUACAUGGCAUGGUUGAGGAUGUCGAACAAAGGGUCUCUAAAGCUUUGUCAGAAGAAAUCCGAAGAUUGGCCGUUUUAGUCGAUGAAUUUAGUUUGCCCUUCCAUGCUGAGCCUCUGGUUUUAAAUGUCUACAAACGAGAAUUACAUGCCCAUGUAGAAAAUGGCUUGGGCUCAAAUCUUCCUGCCAGAUUAUCAACUGCUUUGGCAAUGAAUGUUGAGGCAGCACAGAAGGAAAUGUGCGAACGUAUGGGUGAACUACUAUCAGACUGCCCGAGUGCCAAACAGCAGAUUGAAUCAGCACCACGAACAGGACCAUUCGAAAUCCUCUAUCGAUUGAAUUGCGAUAACCUGUGUGCAGAUUUUACCGAACGAUUAGAGUUUAGGUUUUCUUGGGGCAUCACUGCCUUAUACAACGAUUUGCUGGCAACAAGGCUAAAUAGAUUGGCUAUUGCCAACUAUCCAGAAGGGGUUCCAAACCAAGCUAUGACUCCAACAGCUUCUGGUGAUUAUUCUUUAGUAUCCCAAAAUGGACAGAAUUCUGGUGUACCGUGCUAG